AGAUUACUGUAGAAGUUAUUUCGAUUACUAUUGAUCAUUAUGAAGUGCAUUUGGUUUGUGUUGCUUGUACAAGUUAUGAGCGCAGUUGGUUCACUUAGACCGCUGGCGUUGACCAACGAGGGGAGUUGUGAAGUAUCUUUGGUUUCCACGAAAGCUAAAACAAUAGCAGAAGUGAUCUACAAGAUGUGCUUGCCCAAAGUUCCUGAUUACGUUUACGCAACAGCAAGACCGAGCAACUCAUCUUUUCCCCACAAGUUCAACGUGACCAUUCUUAAAAUAAAGAAACUCAGCUGUAUAGUUGAAAUAGAGCGAGUUGAUCAAGCUACGGGAUGGGAUAGGAUGCCGAUAACUGUGAAUUGGUUUUCGUAUAUAGGUAAUGGAAUAGUUUACCAGAGUCUGAUCCUUUGGUUUCCCAGUGCUACAAAUAGAAGAGAUAUAAACGGCGCUGCGGCUUCAAAAUACUGUAAUGACAAUGGCGGUCGAUUGGUGGAUAUUGUGGACAAAGCGAUGUACGAUGUGGUUUACAACUACUGUCGACAAACCAUCGUAUUCGGAUCAUAUGAUUGUGCUUACAUUUGGCUCGGUUCAAGUUACAAUCAACCGACUGAUACAGUGACGCAGAGCAACGGGAAACCUGGUUAUCAUGGGUAUUGGUACCCUACUGGUUAUCCGUUAAAUUAUGCCUGGUACACCGGAUUGCUUCUUCACAUCGAAACACGAAGUACAACCAGCCCCGAGCACGGAAUGUUUAAUUAUCCUUCGGCAUCGGUUGCUACGGGUGUUACACAAUUAUGUUCAACUAACCUAAUGUAAAUUAGUCAGAGCAUAAAUUGGAUGGUGAAUGAAUUAAUACUUAAGUCUUAAACGGAUGAAUGUAACGUAUAUAUACAGUUAUAAAAAUACAAUAAUAAAAAAGUUUAACAUUUCUUUUAAAAUUAAAAAAAUGUCGUAAAAUUAUGUAUGAGAGCUAUUAUACGGUAAAAAGUUUUAAAUAUCUCAUAAAAAAAUGUUUGUUUUGGGCAACGUGAAAAUGUCUUUUGUUUUACUUGAACUACUGCGAAGACCCCCUUAUACAAAGUUCUCUGAUUUUAUACGUUUGGAAAAUGUGUUUGUCCAAUCGCUAUAAGUAAGACUUAUCUAUCACAGAACGCGACACGCUAAAGGUGGCUGUACACAGUAUGCGAAUUCGCUUGCGAUCGUAUGCAAACUCAUUACCGAGUUCCGCAUGCUGCAGCGAAAUCAGGAUAAAACAGACAAAUCGGACAAAUUCCGGAUAUUGUGUACAGCCACCUUGAUUUGACUUCUGAAAUUCUUAAAAUUGUUAAAUUCUGAAAUCGUUUUUAAAUUCGUUAUACACAUGAUAAGAAAAAACACGUUUGUAAAUUUCCCUUUCUUAUUUUUAUUUACAAUCGCUCCUUUAUUUACAAUCGAGGUAGAAUCUCCCAAAGUUAGUAUAGACGUUGGACUCUCCUUAAAUUUUAUGUGUUUUUUUUUAUAAGCUUGUAGAAAACUCGUCGCUAUAAAUUGCGCGCCACCUUUUGCAAUGCCUUAUAAUUCCACCAAACAUACUUUAUUUUGCUCCGUUCUUAUUGCUAUCAGGUAUCAUUUUAAUAUAAUAAGGCUAUUUCUACUUCGGCAUUAAAACUUCAAUUAUAAUAUACGUACGUUUCGUUUGCCAUACGGCGAGACUUCAUCAUACUGGUAUGGACUUUACUUUGCCUCUACUGCGCAGCAUCGUUGAUUUUUUAUUGCGAAUAUAUUUUAAUUGUGUUUUGCUUAUUAUUAUAGUUGUAUAUUUUACAUCGCUGAAUAUUGUAAUAUAGUGUGGUGGGAAGAGAUGGGACACCUUUAGCACAUUACAUCAAAAUAUCCUAA